UUGGUUUACUCCUCUUGCCAUUGGACUUGGCACUGGUGCGGUUGCUGUUGUAGCAGCACCUGUUGUAGUUGCAGCUGCUGGUUUUACAUCUGGUGGCAUAGCCGCUGGUUCUGCUGCCGCCUCAAUGAUGUCAUCUACGGCAGUGGCAAGUGGUGGUGGUGUAGCGGCAGGUUCACUUGUGGCAACCUUACAAGCAGUUGGUGCAACAGGCAGUCUAGCUGCUGCUGGUGGAACUGGGACUGCAGCUGUAGGAGGCAUUGGUGCUUCUGUUGGAGCAGGGAUUAGUUGGUUGGCAAACAAGUUUACUGAUGGAAACAAUGAUGAUAGUGAAGGUGGAAAUAAAGAUGGUGAUGAUGGUAAUAAUGAUGGCCGUGAUGGUGGUGGUAGUGGCAGUAACAGUAGUAAUGAUAUAUAG